AUGCAGGAUGCAGGUGCGGGCGAUGGCGCUGGCGCUGGCGCUGGCGCUGGCGAUGAACAGGCAGCAGAGGCGGCGGCGGCGCCCGCGGCGGCUGGAGAGGGAGGGGCGGCGGCGGAGGAGCAGGCGGCCGCGGCCCCUGCGGCCUCGGCUGAAGCAGCGGCCGAUGGGGCUGCUGGCGGCGCCAGCGGUGGCGGCGCCGCCGCUGCCGCCGCCCCGCAGGCGCCGGCGGCCGCGGCUGUGUCGGACGACGCCGUCAAGCACGCCUGGCUGGCGCAGUGCGCCGCGGCCGCGGGCGCGACGCGGACGCAGCUGGAGGCGACGCGGCGCUUCGAGGUCGCGAUCAAGCGGCCUUACUUCCACCCGCAGGCGCUCGACCCCGCGCAGCUGCUCAACUGGCAUGCGUACCUGGAUUGGGCCGAGGCCGAGGCGGCCGCGGCAACCCGUGAGGCCGGCGGCGGGGGCGGCGGCGGUGGCGGAGCAGCGGCAGCGGCGGCGGCGGCGGCGGCAGCAGUUGCGAUCUACGAGCGGUGUCUGGUGCCGUGCGCAUUGUAUCCAGAGUAUUGGGGGAGGUAUGUGCGGUGGCUCGAGGGCGGCGGCGGCGAAGAAGGCGGCGCCAAGGGCGCUGGGCAGGGCAGCUCGGGAACGGGAGCGGACGCAGCCGCCGCCGCGCUGCGGCGCGCGCUCGUGCUGUGCAAGCGGCAGCCGGAGGCGCACCUCCUUGCGGCGCGGUUCCUGGAGCGGCGCGGGGACGCGGAGGGGGCGCGGGCGGCGUACCAGAAGCUGCUGUCUGAGGUGGCACCUGGGCUGUUGGAGGGCGUUGUCGCGGCGGCCAACUUUGAGCGGCGCCAGGGCGACCGCGCGGCGGCGUGCGGGGUGUUCGAAACGGCAAUGGCGGAGGAACGCAGCAGGCUAGGCAGCGGGGCCGGCGGCGAGGACGGCGACGGCGCGGCGGCGGGCGGCGCCCCGGCAAGCGGCGGCAGCAAGGGCGGCGGGCCGCUGGGGGCGUUGGGCCUGCUAUAUGCGCAUUUCCUGCGCAACACCUAUGGCGACGCGGCAACCGCACGCUCGGUGAUUUCCGACUGCCUCGAGGCGGCGCCCGGCUGCCAUUGGCUAUGGCAGGGCGCCCUGUUUUUCGAGGCCACGCAGCAGCUUCCGCAGCAGCAAGAGCAGCAGGGGGCCGGCGGCGGCCUGGGCGGCGGCUCGGACUGCGCGGCGCGCGUGGACGCGCUCGUGCAGCGGGCCCUGGCGGUGGGGGCCGACGGUGGUGGCGACGGCGCCGGCAGCAACGGCGCGGGCAGCAACGGCGGCGGCGGCGGCGCGGCGGCGCUGUCGCAGGACGAGCGCGAGGACUUGAGCCUGAGGGCGGUCGAGUUGGCGGACUCGCUCGGGGACGCGGCGGCGCUCGAGCGGGCGGAGCGGCGCCACGCGCGGCUGUUCCCCCUGCCGCCCGGCCGGCGGCGGCGCGCGGGCGCGGGCGGCGCGGCGGCGCAAGGGGCGGCGGCGGCGGCGGCAAACGCGCAGCAGCACCAGCUUGGGCCGGAGCACGCGUACUCUAUUGACCCCGCUGCAGAGGCAGCAGCUGCCGCUGCCGCAGCUGCCGCUGCGGCUGCAGCAACCAUGGCCCUCCUCGCCAAGCAGCAGAUCGCCGUGGGCAAGACCGUGGGCGCCCGCCGCAGCGUGGCCCGCGUGGUGGUGUGCAAGGCCAGCAAGGCCAACGUCGAGGGCGAGAUGCCCCGCCGUGCUGCCCUGGGCAUGCUCGCUGGUGUCGCGGCCCUGGCCUCCGGCGCGGCUCCCUCUCUGGCCGCGUACGGUGACUCCGCUAACGUGUUCGGCAAGGUCACCAACAAGACUGGCUUCGUCCCGUACGCUGGUGAGGGCUUCGCUCUGCUGCUGCCCAGCAAGUGGAACCCCAGCAAGGAGCAGGACUUUGCCAAGUUCGGCACCACCGUGCUCAGGUACGAGGACAACGGCGAUGCCGUGAACAACGUGGUCGUCCUGACCGCAGACUCCGACAAGAGCGACAUCAGCGGCUACGGCGAGCCCGAGGCGUUCCUGCAGACCCUGACCCCCCUCCUGGGCAAGCAGGCCUUCUCCGGCGAGACCCUGUCUGAGGGUGGCUUCGCCCCCGGCAGGGUGGCGGCCGCUAGCCUGCUGGACGUGGGUGAGGCCACCGACAAGAAGGGCAAGAAGUACUACCGGUACGAGAUCCUGGCCCGCUCCGCUGACGGCAACGAGGGCGGCCGCCACAUCCUGAUCAGCGCCAGCGUGUCCGCCGGCAAGCUCUGGGUGUGCAAGCUGCAGAUCGGGGACAAGCGCUGGAUCAAGGGCGCCAACAGGGAAGCCCAGGGCGCCCUCAACUCUUUCACCGUCGCCUAA